AUGGUUCUCCACAACCCCAACAACUGGCACUGGGUCAACAAGGACGCUGCGCCCUGGGCCCGGAACUGGCUGCAGGAAAACCUGAGCACCGUCAGUGCCGAGGAUGCAGGCGUGUCCGCCAAAGUAGAGAAGGUGACCUCCAUGGAUGGCGACGUAGACGUCAGCCAGCGCAAGGGCAAGGUCAUCACCCUGUACGAUGUCAAGCUGUCGCUAGAGUAUUCAGGUAAGACCAAGGACCAAGAGGAGGUCACCGGCUCCAUCAGCAUUCCCGAGGUCGCCCACGAUACCGAGGAAGAUGAGUACGUCUUCGAGGUCGAGAACCACGGCGAUUCUGCAUCUAAGCAGCCCGUAAAGGAUCUCGUCCGCUCCAAGAUCCUUCCUCAACUACGCCAGACCCUGGCCAAGCUCACCAACGCUCUCGUCAGCGAGCACGCCAAGGACCUCCAGCACGCCCCCGGCGUCAACCCUUCUGCCGGCUUCACCCCGGCCACCGUCCACCCCCAGACCUCUAAGAAAGAUGCCGCUCCCGCUACGUCCACGACUACCUCGACCACUGGCAAGGUCGCCGUGAACACUACCACUGUGACUGCCUCCGACGAGAUGCGUACCACCGCCGAGGAACUCUACAAUACCUUCACCGACCCCCAGCGCAUCGCCGCUUUCACCCGCGGUUCUCCCCGCCAGUUCGAGGGCGCCAAGGUUGGCGGCAAGUUCGCCAUCUUCGACGGUAACGUGGUUGGCGAGUACGUCAAGCUCGAUGCCCCGAAGCAGAUUGUCCAGAAGUGGCGUCUGGCUCAGUGGCCCGCGGGCCACUUCAGUACCCUCCAGAUCAACCUUGACCAGAACGAUGUCGACGGUGUCACCCAGCUGCGCGUCGAGUGGUCUGGUGUCCCUGUUGGCCAGGAGGACGUCACGAAGCAGAAUUGGGAGCUGUACUAUGUGCGCAGCAUUAAGCAGACCUUCGGGUUUGGCACUAUUCUCUGA